AUGAAUGAGGGCGAGUUUGGCCGGAUUGACCCUACUGGCUGGUACCCGCACUACAAGGAGUCGGUGCAACACUUUGUCGACCACGGCCAGUAUACGCCGGCCGUGCAAUCCAUUGCCGCCUUCAUCAACAUCCGACUCCCCUGUCAGCGGCCCUCGGAAUCUCCGUCGGCGUCCGGGUCGCUGCCGUUUGUGUCACUCAGGCUGUACAUUCGGCGAUUGAUUGUGACAGCGCAAGAUUCCCCAUCUGUCAUGCAGGGCUUCUUUGGGCCUAAUUGGGAAGCGGGUGUGGGGUGCAUCUAUAAACAGGAGCGCGCCAACUACCUCUUUACGGCUAAGAGCAGCGGUUGGGCAUCAACCAAGGAGGCCUACGAUAUCUCCCCAGACGAGCAAACGCCCUUCCUGCGGCCCUUGCGCGACCCCUCCGAGGAUGAAUUACGCGUGGCUGAGUCGCGCUGGAGUGAAUGGCUGGCGAUGGAGGACUGGAUGGUUGGCGCGCGGACUCCCUGGUAG